GAAGGCAAUAUGAGUAGCAGGCCGCGUGUUGGUCCGCCGAAACACGCAAACAAAUACGCCUGGAAACCCAACGCCGGCGUCAAAAUCAACGAAACUGAAGUCGGAGGAAGGUUCCGGCCGUUGUCGGAGAUCACCGGAGUGUGCCCUAAGUGUAGAGAUCAGAUUGAAUGGAAACGCAAAUACGGCAAAUACAAACCCCUAUCAGAACCCGCCAAAUGUCAGAAAUGUACGAAACGUGCUGUUCGUCAGGCCUACCAUAAUCUGUGCAACGCUUGUGCCAGAGAGCAUAACGUAUGUGCUAAAUGUUCGUGCCGUGUUGAACGAAUUGUUGGAAGAGAUGCUACUGAAGUAGAGGCUGAGCAGAAGAUGCUUCAAGCGGCCAUUAGUAAUGCUCGAGAGAGAGAGAAGAGAUCCUUGCUUCGUGCCAUGAACAAAGGAAAAUCUCAAACAAAAGAACAAGACCCAACUGAUAAUCCCAAAAAGGCCGGUGACUUGUUCAAAGCCGAAUCACUCGAAGCCUUCGCAGACACAACGAGAGACGAUGAAGAGGAGGAUGGUAGUGACCAUGAGACCCAAGUAGUCAACUGAGAAUGUUUCUAAUAUGUUCAAAUUAGGGUUAAGAAUGGCCAUAUUCUACGGAAACAGCUGCUAUGAGAUUAGGUCCGCGGACAUUCCACCUCUGGGUAGAGUAUACUAGAUUUGUUUGGUUUGGUUUGGUUUGGUUGAUAACCCACAUUAUAUGGUCAUCAGGUCAGGUAGAGCAACAUCUUUUAUCAUUAUGUUGAAAGUUAUACUACUGAGUUCCUCUUUGUCUUUGAAUCUAUGCCUAGUUCAAUGAUAAGGUCCAUUUUUGUCCCU